CGACUCUCCCUUACCAGAUAUAUGUCCGCUGUGCUCCUAUCGUAUUCUAUCCCCACUUUCCAUAUAUACACCAUAAUAUGCCUCAGCUCAAGACAUACAGCGAGAAGCCAGUCGUUCUUUUGACCAAUGACGAUGGUCCUCCAUGCGCCUCCUCUCCCAAUAUUUAUGCAUUCUGCAAACUCCUUCAGUCACGUCUCGGGUGGGACGUACGAGUAGUCAUCCCUGACUGCCAGAAAUCUUGGGUCGGAAAGUCAUAUGCUAUUAGUGACAUCGUCACUGCCAACUACUUCUAUCCGCUUGAACCGGAUGGAUUGAAAGGAGAAAUAACUCAGACUCGCCGUCCGCUGAAAGAAGGAGAGUCAAUGGAAUGGGUUCUUCUAUCUGGAACUCCCGCAACAUGCGCCAACAUCGCACUGCACAACAUUUACCCUGGCCAGAUCGACCUUGUCAUCUCCGGUCCUAAUCAUGGCCGUAACUCCUCAACAGCAUUCGCCCUCUCGUCCGGUACUCUUGGCGCUACCCUUGCCGCUUCCCUCUCUGUCCCUAUUCCCGGUCCCUUGACCUCCCCGUCCUUACAUGAAGACCACAUGCCCUGUAUAGCCAUCUCUUACGGUGUCGUCACCCGUCCAGUUUCCGAUAGAGUUCUUGAACUCGCAACCGAGACAGCGGUGGAUGUGUGCCAGCAGUUAUUCGAUAACUGGGGAGAAGAUAAAGAAGUGGGUGGGAAGGGACUUGUGCCGAUAUAUAGCAUCAAUAUACCGCUUGUCGAGGCGGCUCUUGAGAAGAACGAGAGAAAGAUAGUGUCAACAGAGAUGUGGAGAAAUGCGUAUGGGCGAUUAUUCAAGACUACUAAACUGUCAAAAGCGUUGUACGAUCCCGGAGAUGACCCCGUCCAGAUUGCUCAUGGCUAUAUGAAGAGCCAAGACAAGCCCAACACCGUACAGACCUCCACCUCCCUCCCAUCUCAUCCACAUACCUCUAAAACAUCCACUGCCGGCCCCGCCGCGCUCCCGACUCCUGCCCCACCAUCCCCAAUCACGCCCAAAAACACGAAGGACGAGGAGCAACAGCUCAAGUUCCACUUUGCGCCCAACAUGCACCCGUUACUAUUUCCACCUGAAGGGAGCGUGCCUGAAGGCACAGAUGCGUGGGCGUUCGCAAAAGGAUGGAUCAGUGUGACGCCUAUGAGAGCCGAGUAUGCUUGUUUGGGAGCGGCAAGUAUCGAGUAACAUGAAAGAUGGAACAUUAACCAUCAUAACGUACAUUAUAACUGUGUAACGUAGACAUUUAUGACAUGUGCAAAGGUAUAAUACAUGACUGGUAUGACACCUAGGAUAUCCCUCGUCCCCG